AUGGCCGCGUCGCAAGAACUCGUUGCCCUUGUGACAGGGGCGAACGGUGUCACCGGCGACUAUUUGGUCCAAAAGCUCGCCUCGGAGUCUCACUGGACCGAGAUCAUCGCAACUUCACGUCGACGGCCGUUCCGGCUCCCAGAGGAUCCCCGUGUGGUAUUUGGCCAGGCCGACCUCGACGCCGAUGUCGCCUCGAUCACACAGGCGCUUCGGGACAUGGGCGCGACCAAAGUGACGCACUUCUUCCACAUGGCGUACGUCCACCACGACGCGUUCGAGAAGCAAUACGAAUACAACGUGAAGUUUUUCAUUAACAUCCUGACCGCAGUGGAUGACCUCAACAAAAACACUCUCCAACGCGUCGUGCUCCAGAACGGGGCCAAGUACUACGGCUUUCACUUCAAAGCUCCGCCCAAGGAACCCAUUACCGAAGACCUUGGCCGGCUCGGGCUCGGAGGCCCGCCCAACUUCUACUAUCCCCAAGAAGACUUUAUGUUUGACCUCCAGAAAGGAAGAAAGUGGACCUGGUCGGCGACGCGGCCGUUUUUGAUCAGUGGAUUUAGCUUUGGGAGCGGACAGUCAUUUACGUGCACGGCCGCCUUGUAUUUCACCAUGCAAAAGUAUCUCGGCGAGCCGGCAGUAUUUUCAAUGCCAGUCGAGGGCGAAGGGUGCUACGAGAAGCGACAGGACUUCUCCUCGGCGGCGAACAUCGCAGCUUUCACCACCCACCUUGCCCUCCACCCAAAUGCCCAAAACCAAUCAUACAACAUUGUCGACGCGGACCCGAAGGGAAUCACGUUCAGGGAGAUUUGGGAGAGCAUGUGUCAGUACUUCGGGGUUCCAGUAACAACCAGAGCUGGGUUUGAUGUCGAAGCCGAUAUCGAGUCGAAAUUGAAGCGCGGCGUCUGGGGGGAGCUGGUGGCGAAGCACGGCGGCGACAAGGACGCUUGCGACAAGUUUGCGACGUGGUCCUUUUUCGGAUGGGUCAUGAAAUAUGCCACCUGGGGCGCUUCGGUCAGUAUGGAAAAAGCCGCACGGGAGCUUGGUUGGACAACCCGUUUCGAUACAAGAAAAAACCUGGCUAAAAUAUUCGACACGAUGAAACAGGAGGGGGAGCUUCUCCAGCUCUAG